GAAUAAGGUAAGUGUUCUGGCUUCCAUUUCGGUUGAAUUCAGUCAUUGGUACGGCUGUGCGGGUCAUGGUUACAAAAGUAAAUGGUAUUUGAUUGUUGUAGGAAAAAGUGCCACGUGAAGUUCGAGUAAUGUUCAAUAAGGGAAGGAAGCAGUAGGUACACACUAUAUGUAAAUCAGGGUGUUGUUAUCGGAUACGUGUGCAGGGUUCGAAGUCUGGUGGUAUUUAAUAACUUCCCAGAAUGCAUCUUCUGGCAUUGUUCCUGCUAUAUUUCCUGGGGCCACUGCUAAUAAACGGACAAUUUAAUAAAUUCAUAUCGAGAAUAACAACUGCAAGCACCGGAAGUGGUUCAUCCGCAACUGGAAGUGACGAGUGUUCAGGAGUGAGGGUAUCAUGUCUUCCUGCGCCGUGGUGCAGACGAACGACGGACGAUAGGGGCUGCUACAAGUGCGAAUGCUCUGAACUUGCGAAUACACAAAAUAAGAACGACAACCCUGUAUUUACCUCCGACCAUCGCCAACAAAGUGCGCCUCAAUCAUACAGCCCAUUCCUGAACAUGCUAUCUGGCGCAAAUGGGCCCGGAAUCGGCGCACAUCCGGGCUCAGGAGUCAUGUCAAUGACAGGCGUUAACCCUGGCUUUGGGGGUGGUUCUCAAAUGGGGCCUAUGAAUCCUAUGGCCUCAAUGUUCGGAGCAAAUAGUAUGUAUGGUGGAGGAGGACUUUCGAGACCCAUGAGUGGAUUUGGAGGAGUUCCGAAUGUUCCUCAUGGCCCACAGGAUUCGGCCGGAACCGGAAGUGACUGCAGCCCCGCCCCUUACACAUGCAUGGCGCCGCCACCUUGGUGUCAGAGGUUGCCGGAUUCAAAAGGCUGUGUAAAGUGCUAUUGUGGUCAAGAACUCACAAAAUUCCUUCAGACGAUGAAUACUAUAACCAACAAACCUGAAAUUACGUCACAGAAAAAUCAUUCCUCCGGAACUACAUCGGAUACUUCCAUAGGAACAACACUUUCCGCCAUAUUGAGAUCAACUGAGACAACAACCAUGACAACACCUCGACCUCCCCUUGGUAAACCGUGCCUAGCAACCUUCAUGUGUACAUUGACAUGUGACACCGGUUACCAGACAGAUGACGACGAUUGUCCAGUGUGUGCGUGCAUGGACAGCCAGAUUCCUCUGUUUAGCGACCAAACACCCGUCGCUGACCUUCACACUGUGGUUCCGGGUUCGACUCUAGAUAAUGUUAUAAUAAUGUGUCCGGGUAUUUUUGACUGUGACACCGUCUGCAUGACAGGCUAUCAGACAGAUGCAAACGGCUGUCCCAUUUGUCAGUGUGAAACCAACUGACCAAUCAAAUGCCGUGUUUUAUUGAGACACGGUGAUAUGCAACUAUAAUAAUAUGCUUGACUUUGUUGUAAGCAAAAAUAAAUGUACAGCCAAAUGUAUGUCCUUGACGCCGUGAUUUAGAUAAGCUAUAUCAGGCCAAUAUGUGACACGUCUACACAGCAGGGGACACCAACGUCGCUUAGCAACAAAAUUAUAUUUCCUUAAAAAAGUACCGGUGUAAGAGGAGAAUAGGGCCAGUUCUCGAUUCAAUUUUGGUUUUGUAUCUUAUUAAGUUGACAAUAAAUGUGAAAUUAC